AUGACGAUUUCCAUGUGGUUUCUUCUUUUGUUGGUUGUGGCAACGACAGAGGGCCGCCGAGGCUCCGCCUCUUCUUCCUCCACUGGGCACCACUAUGCAUACCCACGCGGCGCAUCUAGUAGUAGUAGAUUCAUCCGAUUGGGACGACUUUCUCUGGGUGGUGGUACCACAGGAAAUGACAUUGAUCUGUCGACAUGUCGUGAAGCUUCAUCGUCCCUAUCCAAGAUUCUGAUUAGUGACAGAGGCAUAGAGGAACCGGCAGGAGCUACUACUGCAGAACCGCCAACCAUGGAUCGAGGUCAACUGCUCGUGGCGUCUGCUACUGUUACAACUGCUGCCCCCACUCGGAAAGGAAUUUGCAGGAUACUGCCAUUCAAGUGUGGCAAGGCAAAAGAAAAGCAGCAGCACCUGAAAGCAGAUCCGGCCAGCCCUGUUACGGGCGCCUCAUUAGCGGAUAAGGCGACCCUGGCUGUUGGCGCCACUCUGCCGCUGAUUCCAGAAGAUGCAUGGGAACAAUUGAGCGGGGAUGAGUAUGAUGAUCCCCAAGUAGUGGAUGCUCUAGCACAAACUGGAUUGAUAAUGGCCACCAAGCACGACAACAAUGGUUGGGUCGAUUGGAAGGAAUCCAUGCCGUCUAAUCUAGACGCCACCUUGGACAGUGGAGAGAUUCUGGUAUUUAAAGGCUCCACCAUCAGACCAGGCUACGGAUCAGAAGUGCCAUGGAUCAAAUCGCACUCUAUUAUUCCAAUGGCACCAGCAGAACUUGCUGGCUUGAUGAUGGACUCAUCACAGGUCAAGACCUACAACAGUCUUAGCUUGGGUAGAGACGACGUCAAAGUCAUGCAACAUCCAGAAUCAUCAGGCACUCAUGCCACUAAAAUUGUCAGGAACGUGGUACAAUUACCCGUCAGCAACAGCAAGGUAGAAUCCGUCACACUACUUCACACGCGACAACUCGAGAACGGUUCACAUCUGUUGAUCAGCCGAGCCAUUGGGGGUUCCAAACACUUCACCGGGGUUGGUGGCAAAAGCUACAUUCUCCUUGGAGUUAACUUGUUUGAGCCCACCAGUGAUGCCAACGAAUGCCGCAUGACCGCCAUCAACCAUGUAUAUUCACCAGGCGUGCCUCUCAUGUUGGCCGGCAAAGUCGGGGUCAAGAGUGCCAAGAAUUUUGUCAAGGAUAUCCGGGCCCUCUGUGUCCCGGUGGCAUCGCAAUAG